AUGUGCGAGCUGUACAGCAAGCAGGACACGCUGGCGCUGCGGAGGAGGCACAUCGGGCCCUCCUGCAAAAUGUUCUUCGCCUCGGACCCCAUCAAAAUAGUGCGAGCCCAGCGGCAGUAUAUGUUUGACGAGAAAGGGGAACGGUACCUGGACUGCAUCAACAACGUCGCCCACGUGGGACACUGUCACCCAGAAGUGGUCAAGGCUGCCGCGAAGCAGAUGGAACUGCUCAAUACCAACUCCCGGUUCCUCCACGACAACAUUGUGGAGUAUGCCAAGCGCAUCUGCGCGACUCUGCCCGAGAAGCUCUCCGUGUGCUAUUUUACAAACUCAGGAUCUGAAGCCAAUGACUUAGCCUUACGCCUGGCUCGGCAGUUCAGGGGCCACCAAGAUGUGAUCACUCUUGACCAUGCUUACCAUGGUCACUUAACAUCUUUAAUUGAGAUCAGUCCAUAUAAAUUUAGAAAGGGCAAAGAUGUCAAGAAAGAAUUUGUGCAUGUGGCACCAAUUCCAGAUACUUACCGAGGAAAAUAUAGAGAAGACCAUGCAGACCCAGCCAGUGCUUAUGCAGAUGAAGUGCAGAAAAUCAUUGAAGACGCUCAUAAGAAUGGAAGGAAGAUUGCUGCCUUUAUUGCUGAAUCCAUGCAGAGUUGUGGCGGACAAGUAAUCCCUCCAGCAGGUUACUUCCAGAAAGUAGCCGAAUAUGUCCGCGCCGCGGGGGGCGUGUUCAUAGCGGAUGAGGUCCAGGUGGGCUUUGGGCGCGUCGGGACGCAUUUCUGGAGCUUCCAGAUGCACGGCGAGGCCUUCGUCCCCGACAUCGUCACAAUGGGGAAGCCCAUGGGCAACGGCCACCCCGUGGCCUGCGUGGUCACCACCAAGGACAUUGCCGAGGCCUUCAGCAGCUCCGGAAUGGAGUACUUCAACACGUAUGGAGGAAAUCCAGUAUCUUCUGCUGUUGCUUUGGCUGUCUUGGAUGUGAUUGAAAACGAAAACCUUCAAGGAAAUGCCACAAGAGUAGGGAGUUACCUUACUGAGUUACUGAAUAAACAGAAGGCGAAGCACCCUUUGAUAGGAGAUGUCAGGGGUGUUGGCCUUUUUAUCGGCAUUGACUUGGUGAAGGACCAUCAGAGAAGGACCCCCGCCACUGCCGAAGCACAGCACAUCAUCUACAAGAUGAAAGAGAAGCGAGUGCUGCUCAGCGCCGAUGGGCCUCAUAGAAACGUGCUUAAAAUAAAGCCACCCAUGUGCUUCACGGAAGAAGAUGCACAGUUUUUGGUGGACCAACUGGAUGAGAUUCUAACAGUUUUAGAAGAAGCCAUUGGAGCCAACUCUGAGGGUGUGGCGAUCUCUGAGAAUACACCACGCAGAACAAAGAAGCCUAAGGAAGCACACUUGGAAUUGCGCGGUGAAGGGGCCCCAGACCAGAAAGAAAACCCCAGCCAGAAGAGAAAUGGAUUAUGCGCAGAUAAGCAUUCGCAGCUCAGCAAGAGGCUCAAGACAUGA